ACAAGAUUUAAGCUUACUGCAGUUCUUGCCGUAGUUAUGAUAACAAGUGUAUUUCAAGUCUUGGUGAAGUCACAAUACCGGAUUGAAAUGGACAAAGCAUUGAAUGGGAAAAUCCUGUCUGGUCAUGCCUUUCGUAACCUAACCAUGAAAACUAUUGUCGGAUGCUUUUUUUCUUGCCUCGAGGACUGCCUGUGUAUGUCAUUUCAAAUAUGUCAGAAUACCGAAUGUCAACUGCUGUCAUCCAAUCGAUUCCAGUCUCCAUCAGCAUUACACGCAAUGACGGGAUGUUCCUACUAUGAUAUGGUGCCAAAUUCGGUAAAAACUAUUUAUAUGUUUUUUAUUUCAUCAUUCCAGACACUUCUACUGUUUCCGAAUCCAAAAUUUUUGCUCGCUACUCUGGUUUUUAAGUAAAUGACUGCAGAAUUAACGACCCAACGUUUCGACACUCCAGUCAGUCAAGGGAGCACAGCAGUACGCUUUUUUUUUUAAAGAACAAAUUCUGACAUUAAUUUUCAAUUCAUAUCCUGUAAAAACUGUGACAUAUUGUAUCGCAUUACCGGUUUUGUAAUGUGCGCGCGAAUAUUAAAAUAAAUCAUAGAAUUUGGAUGGAUUGGUAUUCAAACGCUUCGAACAUAAAAUUUAAAUAAACAACGUUACAAAUUAUAUUUUGUCCGUUAAAAAAAUUGAAGAAGAAGUAAAGAAGACACGGAUGAAGUAUUGACAGUUUUUACAGAUGUACGAAAUGAAAAUUAAUGUCAGAAAAUUGAUCACAAAACGUAAUGCUGUCCUCCCGGCCAUCGGUUUGGUGUUUUUAUCAGGGGUGGUCUGUCAAAAAGAUCUCAACCUCUUUGGUAGAUGACGUCAUUCCUGGAGUAUAAGCAACGUUGCGAAUUCAGAUUACCUCCUGACGAAGAUAUUAGAGUUCAGUGUCGAAAUGUUUGGUCGUCAUGUAUAGGCGUAUAUACGAGACAGAAGGCAGGGGGGUAACUUUCCCCUCUUCCCCCAAAAAAUAAAUUUGGAAAACCAUAGACUGGAAUUCGGGAAAAUGCGGAAAAAUCAAGAAAAUUCGGCCAGAUUUAUCAGAAACUGAUAUGUUAAAUUCUGGUUAUUUCAUUAGCGAAAACAUGAUUGAAAUAGAAUCCAAUUACAAAUGCGCUGCUGCACAAAAUAGUUUGAAAGUACAUGUCGCGAAGACUAGUGUUGACUUCAAUUUUUUUCUUUCAAGUUUGGGCUAACCAAUUCCGCUUCAUGCACUCGAAUUCCAGAAUGCCGUAAGAAUCCGUGUCAAAAUGGUGCGAAUUAUGUUUCACUCACACCUACAGAUUAUACAACGCCUCGUUACAAAUGUCUUUGUUCUCCGGGCUACGCAGGAAAUCUUUGUCAAUAUAUGGUCAGAUCAUGUCGUGGUUACAUGAAUGGUAAUCGUGUUCGUGGAAAGUACAAGGUGUUUGACGAUGACAUGAAUCUCUUUGAAGUUUUCUGUGAUUUUGAGUUAAAUACUACCAUGACAUGGACACUGGUUCAAUCAUAUGAACAAAGAGUUAAGGACACGUUCAAAUUCAAGGCCUACAUUGUAGAUUUCCCUAUACACCAAGAUUCUCCAAGAUGGGAUUCGUAUCGUCUUUCAAAGUCCAGAAUGCAAUCCAUCCAAGAUAACUCCAGUAAAUUGCGCGUUACAUGCAAGUAUGAUACUGAUGGUCUGGUCUACCGUGAUUAUCUUCAAGUGACAAAGAAGGAAAUCGAUAUUCUAACCUUCAAGAACAGGACGCAGUGUCCUUUAGUCGAACUGAUUGAUGUUCGAGGCCAGAGCUGUUCCAACUGCACUGCAUUUCUAACUCAAUGGGAUUAUAUACUGCACAGUGAUUCCUUUUACGCUGCGAAUAGAAACUGUCAAUUUCGGCUAACUGGGGGUAAACGUUGUACAACACUUUCAGGCACGUACACAGAAGACAAUUUUGGUUACUAUGGUUGUAUUAAUACGGCACACCGAUGUUCAUCCUCUGAGACAGCUACAACUCAAACCUGGCUUGGUUCUAAUUAAUGACUAGACCGGAUUUCAAAUGAAAGCUUUUUCAGUCCGACUCCGAGACAAAAAUGACAUCUGAUUCUGCCAAAUUAUUACUUCAAAUAUAUAGUUAAGCAUAAUAAUUAAAGCAUUUAAUGAUACAGUCCAUACAAGAAGUGAAUCAAAUAUACUUCUCCAGGUAACCUAUACAGGGUGUAUAAAAAGUUCCAUUAUGUCCACUAGACUGACAAUUCCGCAAAAUUUGUGACAACUUUGGACACGACUACAAUAGAUACUGACUUAUUAGUAUUCUUUAUAUAAAAAGUACUAAUUAGGAGUGUUUUAUCAGGUUUAAAGCCACUGCACGUCACAUAUUAUGGUUGACAUGAUUUGCCAAUAAGCUUCUGAAUUAUUAAUGAUGUUUGAAAGUGAUUUUAAAAACUUGCAGCCCAAAACUGCAUGCACUCGAAAAUGUACUUCUCUGAAUAAUUUUGUCAUGAUUGAGAUACCAGAAGACCCCCAAACUACCCAUACUAACGUAAAGUUGUCAAAAAUGUUGUGGAAUUCUCAAUUUGGUGAACGUGUAAAACUGUGCAUGCUCUUUUCUUAUACAAUUUUGUGAGCAAAAUAACGCAGUGAUUAUUAAUGUCAGUGAUUUUUAGAUUGCAUACAUGCAGAUAAUUCGAUUAUAACGUUGUCCUUUGAAGGGUCAAAACUCGCAACCGCAAACUUUAACCUCCAAGCGCGAAAAGCACCUCUGAAACACAAUGGACGUGUUUAUUAUUACGAGAUUGGUCAUAUGCAUGCAUGUUGCCAACAUACAGUAGACCUAGUUGUUAUGUUUUUCUUAUUAAGCUAAUAUAGUAUAUAUUCUGUAUUUAUGCCG